GCAGUCUGUGGUCCUCUGAUGGUCCCAGCUCUUCUAGUGCCAUGAGUGAAGUUUACGCUCCGGACCGUGUGCCGUCGUAUCUUCAGCGUGAGCGUCUGCCGCGCUUCCAGCCCACGUUCCCGUACCUUCCUCACGCCAUCAUCGACCUCCCCCCCACCAUCUCUCUGUCAGACGGAGAGGAGCCUCCGCCGUACCAGGGCCCCUGUUCCCUUCAGCUGCGGGACCCGGAGCAACAGCUGGAGCUCAACCGCGAGUCGGUCCGAGCGCCGCCCAACCGCACCGUGUUCGACGGUCCGCUCAUCAGCGCCGCUCCGCCGGCGUACAGCGAGGUCAUCGGACACUAUUACCCCCCCACAUCACAGACUCAGCCCACAGCGAUCCACAUCAGCCGCAUGGACACCAGAAACACACGCAACAAAGACAAAGCCAAAGCACAGCACGUCUGACGCCUCUCUUCCUCUUCUGGGGCCUCACUUAUAAAACCUUGCGCUAAAAUGUGAUCUUACAAUCAUCUCUCAAAUAUGCGUUACUAGGGUUGGGUAUCGUUUGAAUUUUAUCAUUUCCGAUUCUUAUUGAUUCCAAUGUGGAAAUCAAACAUUUAGAUAUCAAGCAUAUUUGUGACCGUGGAGCACAAAAGCAGUCAU